AUCGCUGGACCAGACGACGCCUCUAAUUUCGACAAAUAUCCGGAUCAGCCAGAAAUACCGCCUGAUGAAUUGUCAGGUUGGGACGAGAACUUCUAGAUCACGCUCGAUGUUGCCCAGUUCUACUGUCCAUGACACUUUUGCACUUUACUUCAUUCACCUUGCCUUUGCUGUCCAAAUCUUGCUAAUCUUAUUUUAA